AGCUCCUCGGCGGCUGGCAGCGGCGCGCGCGAGGGCGGAGGUGGUGCGUGCGUGUGCGCGCGCGCGUGUUCGUGCGUGAGAGGAAGCUGGGUGCCAAGCGCUUGCCGUCUGCGGUCCACACCCAGCCUCGGAUCUUCGCUGCGUCCCUCACGUACCCUGGGGGUUGUGUACGGCGCGAGGACCCUGUGAAACAGGUGUGGGAGGCGUGCGGGGUCGUAGGAGACAAAAGGGGCCCAGGGGUGAGCCCUGCCAUGGCCUCCCGGAGUCUGGGGGGCCUGAGCGGGAGCCGCGGCGGCAAGAAGAGCCUGAGCGCCCGCAAUGCCGCGGUGGAGCGCAGGAACCUGAUCACCGUGUGCAGGUAUUCUGUGAAGACCCUGAUUGACCGGUCUUGUUUUGAAACAAUUGACGAUUCAUCUCCUGAAUUUAACAAUUUUGCAGCAGUUUUGGAACAAAUUCUAAGUCACCGACUAAAAGGUCAAGUAACCUGGUUUGGUUAUGAAAGUCCUCGUAGCUUCUGGGACUAUAUCAGAGUGGCUUGCCGGAAAGUCUCACAAAAUUGUAUCUGCAGCAUUGAAAAUAUGGAAAAUGUCAGUUCCUCUAGAGCUAAGGGUAGAGCCUGGAUCAGAGUGGCACUCAUGGAAAAACAUUUAUCUGAAUACAUCUCUACAGCUUUAAGAGACUUCAAAACAACCAGGAGAUUUUAUGAAGAUGGAGCAAUUGUCCUGGGUGAAGAAGCAAAUAUGCUUGCUGGCAUGCUGCUUGGACUCAAUGCUAUUGACUUCAGGUGCUUCACAUUUAACUCAAGAUUCAUCAUCUUCUGUCUAAAGGGAGAAGGAUUGGAUGGCAUCUUCCCUGCAGUGAUUGACUAUACACCAUAUUUGAAGUUUGAACAGAGUUCUGACAGUAUCAGCAGUGACGAGGAGGAGCUGAGGACUUGGGGAAGCAGUGACAGUGAGAGCAGCACUCCAGAGAACAUGGGGCCACCUUUCAUCAUGGAUGAGAACAGCUGGUUCACCAAGUGCAAGAGAGUGAAACAGAAGUAUCAACGUACCCUUGAACAGAAGGGUUACCUUGAAGAACUCUUACGACUUCGAGAGAAUCAACUAUCUGAAUCUGUCUCUCAGAAUAAAAUACUUCUUCAAAGGAUGGAAGAUUCCGAAGUGGCCCACAAACUGGAGAAAGAACAGUUAGAAUAUAUCAUCGUGGAGCUUCAAGAUCAGCUGACUGUUCUAAAGAAUAAUGAUUUAAGAUCAAGACAAGAGUUAACUGCCCACCUCACCAACCAGUGGCCUUCCCCAGGAGCUCUGGAUGUCAAUGCUGUUGCCUUGGAUACGUUGCUUUACCGAAAACACAAUAAACAGUGGUAUGAGAAAAGUUAUCAAAGCCUUGACCAAUUAUCAGCAGAAGUUAGCUUUUCUCAGACAUCCUUGGAUCCAAGCCACUCACAAGGAGAUGGAAAACAAGACACACUAAAUUUAAUGAGUGAAGGUAAAGAAGAUACUCCCUCAUUACUUGGUCUUUGUGGGUCGCUAACUUCAGUGGCUAGUUACAAGUCUCUAACAAGCUUAAAAUCUAAUGACUACGUUGCAAGUCCUACAACAGAAAUUACGAGCCCAGGUCUAACUCCAUCCUGAAAAACCAUGCAAAAGCCAAAAGUUUCUAUACUGAAGAUAUUAAAUUUACAUAAGUUUUACUGCUGGGGAGACUUGAAAUUUUAUAUUAUUCUGUCUGGAAUUCUGUUGGUUAGAGUUUAGUCCAAUCUAUAUAAAUAUCUGAGGAAAAAAACAUAAUGGUCUUGCUAUUUUUCUUUUACAAAAUCUUACACUUAUCAUUCAGGAGGUUUAAAAUAGGCUUUCAGAAUUUUUCAGAUUGUCUUAAUAACUCAUUGCAAAUUGUACAUAUAUGUUAUUCAGCUGAUUUUUAUAUAUUUGGUUAAGUAUAUCUUGGUGGCCAGAGAUAGUUCAGGGCUUCACUCUAGAGACUUAAGCUUGUAUUCUUUCCCUCCCAUAGUCAGUGUUUAAAUUAAAAAAAAAAAAAAAAUUAACUGACUAAUUUUACCAAGCCUUCUUAUGUUUUAAUGUGUAAAUGCCAUUUUGAUGUGGGGGGUCUUUCAGCUGCAGCUCCAGUGGCUUCCCUAACAUUUAUUGUUUGGUACCAAUUUAACAUUUUAUAAAGUUUCUAGGAAUGUGUCUUUUUAGGCAGAUACUGACUUAACUUGUAAGGUAUACAGGGAAUGAAUUUUAUAUGUAAAAAAAUAAAUUUUUAAUCUUUUGUUUUUCCAUAAUUUUCUUUAAAAGUUAUCCAUUUUAAAUUGUAAGAGUGAUGCUUGAAAAGUUGAAAACAUUUCAAAUUAUAGAGCAAAUGUUGAAGCUGUUAUAUCAGGAAGUUUCAAGUUCAGUUAAGGACGUGAGACAUUUCUAAAUAAUGAUCAGAAUGACCACCAUGUUUAACAAUAAAUGUGUUUGAUAUACAGUGCUAUAAUUUUUCCUCCCUUAUGGACAGCAAUGAGUUAUAUGUUUUUGUCUUACCAUUAUACCAUAAUCUCAUUUUAAAAUUGAUAUUCAUGUCUUAAAAUCUCUAUACUUCUAUGGGUAAAUUAAUUUUUAAUAAGCUCUGUUUGAAAUCUUUUUGUAGCUUUUUGUCCCUAAAAAUUAUACCAUGUUGAAGAUGAAAAUAUAUGAAUUAUAUUUUCUAUAGUGAUAUGAAGAAAACAUGAUUAGUUGUGCCAAAGAAGUUUUAUACAUUGUUUGUGUGAAAAGACUAAUGCUUACCAGGGACUCAUAGGGUUAUUUAUUUAAUAUAGCCUUACAUUCAAAUGUAUUAGCUCUGAAGUAUAAGAAUGUUCCUAAAACAACUUUUUAAAGAGCUGAACUCACACUUUUGAUUCCUUAUAAUAAAAGUAUAGGAGUAUGAUGGCUCUCUAUAAUAUUGUACUCUCAUAAUUCGGAAUAUAAAAUUAUCAGUAGUUACAAGGUCAGUCUUAUAUGAAAGAUAGUCUGAACAGCCCUUUCAGGAAUAAGCAGACUUAGAAACCCUUAAACUAAGUCACAUUAGGUAUGCUAGAUCACAAAGCUUUAUUCCUUUUAGUGUAAGGCUUUAGUACUUGUAGAAACAUAAAUAAUCGUAAGAAAGGGUACCUUUAACCUAUUCUUAUUAUGUAUACCUUAGUAAGAGUGGGGUAUGUAAAGCAGCAUUUUAUCCAACUGGGGAUACCAAACGAAGGAAGCAGAACCUUUGGCAGUAUGAAAUGAAGACAGAGUGAGGAGAAUUUUGGAAAUUUUACAAUGGUCUUGAGCACUACUGGUACUUUCCUAUAAGCUAACAAAAUGUUUAAAAGAUUUAUCAUUUAUGAGCCACUCUCACUUGACAGCUAUGAUUCCUUAGUAUUAAAAAUAUUAAAUUUUUCCAUAAUUUUUAUAAAGUAGAAGGAAAUUCAAAAUUCUAUAACUCACAAUUUUUCAGAUUUGUCUAAUAUAAACAGUCAUCUAUGCAUGUAAAUGUACUGCUAACUGCAGACUUAGACAUGACCACUGAGGAUCAUGGCUUUUCUUCCUUUCUUGGAGUUCCUGGUAUAAAAUUCAUCAGCUGUUGUGAAAUUCAGGUUUGUAUACAGUUCAGUUCAAAUUAGAGGUAGUUUGUGUUUGCAUGAGUUAAUGAUGUAUGUCUCAAUCUUUAAAGUUGUAUUAUUUACUUUGCAUAUCCCCCCAGAAAGAAUGCUGAGUUACAUGUCAAUAUUUCUGUAUUUUGUUGCUUUGAUGUACUGUACUUGUUGCAUGUAUAUUAAAGGUUUGGUACUACACAUUAA